UUUGACAAUUUAAUUUUUUUCGGCUGAAGUGGUGUUUGAGAAAUCCGGGAUUAUUUAUUAAUUUCCAGAACAAAGUCUUCCUAUAAUAAAUUGUUACAAUUAAGAAUGCCUUAAAUAUCUACUGUGAGAAGUGUUUUAUAAAAUGGAGCUUACUAUUUCAAAGUUGCAGAUGCGGCACCACCGCGUGAUGAUGUGCGUGCUGACAGCGUUCAACGUCAGCGCGCUGGCCGCCGCCAUCAAUUUGGUACUUGUGCUGGACCCCGAGGACAGGAUCUCUGUGCGGCGCGGCGCCGUGCUGACUGCGCUGGGGCUGGUGUACUUCGUGUCGCUGUUCGAGCUGAUCAACGUGGCGGCGCUGCUGACGGGCGCGGGCGCGCGCUGGCGGCGCCGCCACCGCCUCAGCUGCGGCGACGUGCUGGACAUCAGCAACAAGCUGGUGUCGGCCGUGCAGGCCGCGUUCUCGUGCGUGACGGGCGCCGUGGUGUGCGCCUGGUCGUGCACGCGCGACCUCAUGCGCACGUCGCACUUCAUGUCGGAGGCCUACGCGUGGUUCGGCGCCGCCUACUUCUUCUACGACAUCUGGUCCAUGUACAUGGUGUACGUGCACAUGACCACCAACUCGGAGUACUUCCGGAGCAAGCUGCGGCGCGCCUCCAAGCCCGACGCGCUGUCGGCGGGCGACGGCGCGCCGGCGCCCCGGCGGCCCUCCUUCCUGGCCUACUGCCGCCACGAGCCCGUCAUCCUCAUGCACCACCUGUUCAUCGGCGGCUUCGGCUUCCUCGUCAUCGUGCACCUGCGCGGCGGGCUGGGCGACUGCGUGUUCGGCUUCGUGUACCUCAUGGAGCUGUCGACGCCGUUCGUGUCGCUGCGCGGCGUGCUGUCGCGCCUGCGCCUCAAGCGCUCGCGCGCCUACGUGCUCAACGGGCUGGCCAUGCUGCUGGCCUUCCUGCUGUGCCGCGUGCUGGCGCUGCCCUACGCCUGCCUGCUGUACGCGCGCGCCGCCGGCCUGUCGUACGCCGACGCGCUGCGCUCGCUGCCGGCCGGCUGCAAGCUGUCCAUCGGCGCGCUGCUGCUGCCGCAGCUCUACUGGUUCUACCUCAUGUCGGCGGGCGCGGUGAAGGUGCUGCGCGCGCGCGAGCCGCCGACGAGCGCCGAGCCGGCGGCCGGCGACGCCGACAAGCGCAGUUGAUGCCGCCGCAGGCGCGUCCGCCGGCGGCCCUAGUGUACACGCCUGCACAGCCUUGUCGCCUAACACUUGCCUUCGACUGUUUGUAUGUCAUGACGUGACCAACGUGCGCGGACCACGCCUGUCUUUUGCUAUUUAAGUAAAACUUCUUUAUGCUUCACUUGGGGAGGAUACUGGUGAACGCGUGAAAGUGAUCGGAGACGAAUGAACGUUGAGAGGGAGGUAGCUCACUGAACAUACAAAGAAAGAAUUAGGUUUUGCAUGUUUCAGUAGGAGCACUCUCUCUCCCUCUCAUGCAUUUAGAUGAAGCUAAAGAAGUUUUACUUCAGACGUGUGCUCUGAAUCACACUCGUAUUAUUUUAUAACUCGCAAGUGAGAAUUAUUCUAUAGUAUUCACCUCGAGAGAGCGAGAAUUCACCUCUAGCUUUCUCUUUCUGUAAUAUUGUGUUAGACAGAGAGAGAUACAGGUGAUUGGCAACUCACACUAACGAGUCAUAAAAACAAAAACAGUUACAGAAUAACACCAUUGUACGUUGUUGUGAUAUGCGAUAAGGCUCAAUUUUCGUCUAUAUUUUAAUAACACUUGCAUUUAACUAUUUUCAUUAUGUGAGUAGUGUGGUUGCAAAAAGUUUGCUAUUUUUUGGUUUUUUAUUGUUUAAAUGUUACAGAACUAAAGGGCUAUUACUGUGGUUAGAGACAAAACAUAAUUGCAACUGGAGACGUUUUAUUCAGCUUUAGGAAGAACUUAGAAACACGAAGCGUUCCAGGCUACGAGUAUGUUCUCUAAGACAUCGACUAAGGGUCAGCGCAGACUGACUGUCUAACUUCGCUCGCAUGCUCAUAAACAACUAUGAGUUAAAUAAUUGCAUAUUUUAUUCUUACCCAAUGCAUACUCAAGUGUGAUUUUUUGAAAGGACGGCUAGGUUCGAAGUAAUCACCGGGGUACAGCUGUAAAUUAAUAUAUACAAACCAUAAAACUGAAAUGAAUAACACUUAAAAUAAAUUUUAUCUUGCUUUAUUGAAUUAAUUAUUCAAUUGGAUAUUAAGGUCAAUAUUUGUGUAUACAUGAGCGAGCGAGCCGAAUGAAUUGUAAUAUAAAUGGCUGUUAUUGAUGUUACUGUAGUGUGUACAGUGAGGAUGAAUCUGACGAAUAUCGUGUCGCUUCUAGUUAGCUAUAUAGUCGAGUCGACCGACGUCCACACGCCGCGCGUCGUACGAGAUCUUUUCUCACUCGUUCAAAAAUACCCUUUUACCUCGCUCAAUAAGGUAUCAAUAAGUAGAGUAAGGUUUCUUAAGUCAUACACCACAAGCAAAUAAAACUGUAACAUAUAUACGACUUUAGGCAAUCUUACUGUACUUUAUUGACAAUUAGCGGCCAUCCGCAGCUCUGUUGAAUGGAAUGUGAUGCCAUUUCUCUAUUUUUAUAUUAAGGAGUGUGUGAAACGCCAUAAAAUGUUUACAAGCCAGUCUGUGAUGCGCGCGGGCGGCUGUGGACGAGUGACGACGCAGAAGUUAUUGUUUAACGCACAACACGACACACGCCCCGGCGGCGUGUGCAACUAAUGCUUCACUUGUAGACCAUUCAUCCGCGGUGUGCGCUGGCCUUUCGUGUACAAACCUCCCACCGGAUCAACCCCGGGAGUGUCCACGGGGCCACACCCCACUGCGCUAUUGGUCAUCGCUAUUGGUUAUCGUCAUUUGAAACUUAUCUCCACUAACUAUAUCGUGUGUUAUUUAGACAGGUGUAGUUGUUCUAUUUUAGGACGAUGGGUUGGCUUUGAAUGUCCUACGAAGGUUUCAUUGAACUAAAGUAUUGUUUGUAUAGCAGAAACUAAUCGUUUCAGCUAUACAAACAAAUUUUAGAGUUAAAUUGUUUUGUCACAAACAAACACAAACCGUUUUUCGAAAAUAGAAUAUCUAUAUCAAUAUUGUAAGUAUAUAUAGGUACAUUACUUCUGUUGAGAGAACGAAGCUGCAAUUUAGCUAAGUUGAGUUUUGUGUACACGUGUACAGUGCAAUGGUAUAUAUAAUAUAAUGUAAGUACGUAUGUUCCGCGGAAGGCUUUUGCAUUUGUUAAGCAUUUGUGUUAAAGUUACGACCUGAUUAUUUAUUUAUUUAAUUGUUUUAACAUUUAGUACUCGUUCGCAUCGACUUCAAAAAGGAUUCGUUUGCAAGUUGAACAAAUAUCUCUGAUAUACACAAUACACAUCCAUAUUUGCAUGAUACUAAAGUAUAACAACUUGAAACGUCACACAAAUGUCGCAAAGUGUACACAGAAUAUAUAUAAAUUCAACGAUGACAUCACGUGCAUACGUUUAUCCGAAUUAUUUUAACUUGUGUACAGCUUUCUGCUGACGGCAAUACAGCUUUGAAUUGCAGCCAUUGCAGCGUCAGUGCAUGCAAUGCAAGUCAUAUUUUGAUAAAAAGUUCGUUAACACUGCAGCUCCUGUAGCCAAGUGGCACGUCGAUUCUCUUUCUACGAUCGCAAGCGUCUUGAACACUAGAAAUAUGUAUGGAAAUUACAGAUUUUGAUCGUAACCUGUCGAUAGCAAAGCAUACAUUUUUCUAGUUUUCAAAGCGUUUGCGAUCGAUUUGCCACUUGGUUACAGUGUUCCGCUAGUCGGACUAUUCAUAUGUCGGUGAUCAGACUGGUCGAAUUAAUGUCUUUUUGAAGUCGAUGGCAGGUUUGGUUUGUGUAAAAUAUUUCUUUUUCGAAACUAAUUUGUUUGACGUUUUAAAAAUGUCAACGUAACGUGGCGCUGUGUAAGAGUGGUCUCAGACUAGUGUUUUAUACGCGCGUAUAAGUUUUAAGAAGAGCGUAUCGCCACGCGAGCGUUGAUACGCGUAAAAGCUCAGAGUGCCUAGUGGGAGCUUUCAAUGUUUUCAUACUGUUACUAUCGCGUUAAAGUAAACGCGAAUUUAUAUGGAAUUGAAACAGUUGUGCAGUAGUGCCGCUAGAUGGCGCUGUUUCAAUUCCUUGGAAAUUCGCGUUUACGUUAACGCGAUUGUCACAGUAUCAAACUGCCACUAGGCGCUCAGGGCAUAUGAAGCGCGAAAUAUAGCGCGCGUGUAAGUGCGCACAGAAAACACCGCUAGUCUGUAACCGUUCUUAAGGAAAAUAUUUGUGUGUAGUAAAGUCGCAUAGAUAUAUAUGUAGUCACUAUAUUAUGUGUAUGUAUAUGUCACGUUGUGUGCGGGGGUUUGUUCUACGAGAGGGUGCGGACCUUGUGGCAGGGGUGCUUGGUGAAAAGACAAAACUUUGUAUUGAAGUAGGUUAAGUACCUAAUAAGUCCAUAAUUUAAAACGUGAAACCUGUUUACCACCGCUUCUACCAGGCUGAAAGAUGAAUCAUGAAAAACAUGAAUCGGAUGGCUAAAAGUUUUACGAACCGAUAAAAUACGGAUUGGAUAUUCCAAAAUAAUUUCAAAUUAAAAGGGAGAUAUAUCGACGUUCAAGUCUGCUUACUUAAAAAAAAAGCGAUAAACGUAACAAUGGGCUCGAUGCCCACAACUGGAAAAUAUUCGUGUGAUGAGCGGGUGUUCUCCAGUGUCUGGGUGUAUUUAUACAUCAUAUAAGUAUUUAUAUGUGGUAUAUAAGAUAUAUAUGAUAAAAUCUGUUGUCUUCGUAUUCAUAACACUAGCUAUACGCUUAUUUUGGGGCUAAGUAGUGAUGUGUGUAUUAUAAAGGUAUAUAAAAAAAAGACUGGGAACUACACUAUCACACUGGGAAUAUCACACUGAGGUACAGUUUAGUGUCAACUCGUUAAGCACCGUCGGUACGUCCGCGCCCGCUCGUAAGUUGCCCGCAGUAAAUGCGAUGUUGUAAAGUUCUGAAUGGUGCUUUAUCAUUGACUCUUACAAAGUUAGUCACCUUGGUAAUCAUCGUAACUAAUGUUGUUAAAUCUAGAUAUUGUACUGCAACAAAUUAAUGAAAUAAUUUCUUAACAAAAAUAUAUAAAAUUGUGAUUUAUUUCAAAAUCCAAAGUAAUCUAAUGGUUUCAUGCCAAAUGAAGUCUUCUCAUAGAAGAAAUAUUUAAUAUUCUGUAAGGUUUAUUGGAUAAAAUAAAUAUCCAAAAGUGUUUUCAAAAUGCUCUGGGUGUCUGUGUGUGACAAAAUGUACCGAGCGGUCGAGGCGAAGGAGGAUUCUACAGUUUUAAUUGCUUGUUAGGUUUCAAAGUUAAUGGUUUCUUACAGUGCGUAGCGUAUUUUGGUUCAACUUACGUGCCGGGGUCUAUACAAAGUAGAUUCCACUAGAACCAUCUAGAGAUGCACUCGCGCAGUAUGACGUGGGAGCACGUUUAUUUCGCAACGCCUCUGCAAUCGACCGCGCGCCUCGUGCGUACAGACGUUUGGAGCACCUGUUCUGCCGAGCACUGAGAUGUUUGUUAGCUGUGUAUACAUUAGGUAAAUGUCGUUGUUCUGAGAACACCAUGCCUUAGCAAAAGCUAACUCUCCUUUUUCCUUUCGAUUUGUUGGAGGGCCUGGCAUCGUAAGCCGAAUUAGUGUCUGUAAAUUGUUCAAGAUCUGUUUGGUUAGUUACGUAUGUCACAUCACGAGGUUGACUUACACGAGAAGGAUGAGGGAGUAAACUUUUGCAAACGUCAUGGAGAAAAUUGGAUGUUGAAUUGAAUGUUGUUUGUAAUGUAAUAUAAAAUCAUCAUUGUGAUGUUUGAAGUGUUAUAUUAUGUGUAUACUGUAAAGUUUCUUUGUUAAAUUACUAAAAAUGUUUCAAGAUUUCUUUUUUGUUGACGCGAGAGAUAAGCCUAUUGAACUAAUUUGAAUAUUUUACACUUAAAUAUUAGUUUUAACUGUAACAUGGCGGUAGUUUUACGCCGCACUCUUCCGGCGCCAUGCCAUCGUGUGACCGACGGAGCGCGCCCCGAGCUGCCUAGGGCUUCUAUAAACUUUUCGAGAUCUGCUACAACUCCAAUAUAAAUAUAAGCCGUCUAUAACGGAAUCUUUUCUUUUAAAAUAGGUGUAAUUUAAUAUUGUAACUAACUUCUUUGGCUUCCAUCAAUAACAUAGAAUUAUUAUUUUUAUAUGAAUAUUUACUUCAAUAAUCUUUCAUACUUUGUGUUGCUUAGAACUUCAUACAGCAAAUUAAUUUAUUUAUGUACCAGUAUUACAUUUGUCUUUAGUCAUACUGCAAGUUAAUGUUGUGGACAUUUCUGUUCUCAUGUGGCGCUAAAUAGUACUUUAGAGAGGUGCCGCAAAAUGCCGACAUGCGCUAGGUAGGUAGGUAUAUAGUGAGUGGGUUGUAAGUUGAACUAAGCGCAAUAACACAUUUUCGGGUGUUAGUGUUGUGCAGUAAGAAGUUCCACGAGCAACCGUAGCAACAUGUUGACGCCAUUACAAUUGCGUACUAAUGUUUCAAUUGUUUGACAUCAUUAAUGUACCGGACAUCUUUAGGCAGCAUUCCGGUUUUGGCGACCGCGCGACCCACUGCUUAUGGAGCACUAAACAAAGCCCGAGACCGCGUCGCGCGACCGCCUUUGUUUAGUGUUCCAUAUAAAUUGCGCAGACAAGUGUCAUUUUGGUUCAACUUACUUGCCGGGGUGUAUAACACCGCCAGACUGUGACCAAUUGGUUAGGACAUCCUGCAUCGCGCACAAUACUGCUUAUGUUUACUGGGAUAAUAAUAUAAUCGUUUAUUAUUUUUAAUUUGUGAUUCGUUUGCAACAUUAGUGCAAACGCGCGUAAUCCAAUCAAGAAAACCAUAAAUUCUACGGCACACGUUGCGUUGCGACGCUGCAUCGCAAAGAUUUCACCGUAUCAGCGGGCACACGAGCGGUGCGGCGCCGCAACGUUGUUAUGCCGUAGCAGCGGUGGACAGUAUGUUAAUAAACUAAUGUUGUGACGCAUAAACAACUGAGCGGUGCCGCUCCGCCGUCGCAACGCACCCACCCCAUCCCGCCUCGUCUCGGUGGUUGCAAGCGCGGUGCGGCGCCGGAGCGCUUCGUGUGACAUGCCACAGAUAGUUCUACGUAAGACGACGCAGCGACACCGCUCCGGCGCCGCACCGCCGCCGCAACGCAUCGUGUGCCACGCUCUUCGGUGUCUCGGCGUCUUACUGUUCCCUGUGAGCUAAAGGCGCGAAGACGGAACUAAAUAACGCGCGUCACAUUGCUAAACUGCAUUUUGAUAACAAUUAGUUAAACGAUUUCCUAUAUUGUAAAUUUCAAUCUAAUAUUUUGUUUUAAUAUUUAGUUACAAUGAGACAAUCAGAAUUUUCUAACUGAUUGGCCAUGAUUCCACAUUACUGGCAGUCCGCAGUCGCUUUUCUGUGUUCGUGCAUCGUGGCGAAUACUAUGUCUACUACUUCCACUUGUUCACGUAAGCAAGUUAGGCCAAAGUGAUGUAAUCUUCAAUGUAAAUGUUGGUAUUACUGUGUGGCGACUGGACGAGCUUACGUACAAUUUGUGUUAGAGCUUAACGAUACGAGUAUGUACCCACAUGUUGUGAAAUCAGUUAAAUAUCUAACACAUCGCACUACCGGUUCACACUCUCCCACACCGUUAAAAUAACUAAGCAGACAGACACUGUGACGUAUUCAGAAUACUUAGUUAUUGAACUGAUUUUAAAGAAAUAAAACGCAUUUAUUCAUAUUUAGUGUUACGCACAGUACCUGUGUACAUUGCGUAGGUACAGUACGACUGUUGUAGCACGAAACAUGAGCUAACAGUUGAUGUGUGCAAUAUUGUACAUGUAAUGUACAACUAAUAAUUAAAUAUUAAUAUUUAAUAUGUAUGUAGCUAUCUGAACCGCGCGGAGUCGGCGCGAGCGGUGUGAGCCGGCCGUUGUGUGUCAUCAUUAUUGUUUGUGUCCAGUAAUAUUUGUACAACGAGCACUUAACUGUGGUUAAAUAUAUACUAAAGUGCGGUAA